AUGUUCGUCCAUUCGCAAAAGACCGAGAUCGAAGAGGCCAACGCCGUCUACACCGUCCGAAAACUGUUCGGAACACAAAUGUAAGUGCACAUCACUCGAUUUUCAUGUGACAUGGAUGAGAGUUUUUGAAGAUCAUUUCGAAGAUCAGCGACUUUUAAUGAUCCGAUAUUGUUUUAGGUUGGCGAAACUCCGAUCUCGAUUAAUUGAUCUCCCAUGCAAACGAUCUCGACUUAGCAUUGAAAACAAAGAAGAAUCCGCAACGAACAAGGCUUUAGGCAUUAAUAAUUUACCCAACGAGAUGUUGGAAAUGGUUUUUGGGAACCUGGACAAGAAGAGUUUGUUGAACACCCGUGAAACCUGUUCAAGAUGGGCAAAUCUGGUGGAAAAGAAGCAGAUCAGAGACUUGUUGCCUGUUGUAAAUGUAAGUUGGCUUCUGUUUGCUUGUCUCCGUCUUUAGGUCUUUCAGGUCUAGAAAAAUGUAUCCGAAAAUAUUAUCCAUAGCUGUCUGUUACAAGUUUUGAGCGAAGCCUUCGAUCACUUCUCUUUUCCACGACUUUCUCGAUUUCCAAAGAAUCUCCGGGGCUCUUCACGCGUCUAGAAACAAUUACUUUUGAUUGGAGGGUUGUUUUCGGUUCUUAUCGACGAAGGCGGACAUUACACUAGGUACCGGAGGAAUGUUAAGAUAAACAGAAUUGUUUAUUGACCAAUUACGGGUGGAGUAAUAAAAUCAGUUGAGGAUUAGUGUAAUGCGAAUGAACUGAGGGGUUUCUUGAUGGUUUUAAGCGUGGAAAGUACGGAAAUUCAAAGAUCUCGAUUUGAGGUCAAGUGUAAUAUAAAAAGUCGCACGGUAUUGACGUACAUCAAUUCAGUCUUCUUUCCUGUGCUUUUCAAUCCUUUAGAAAUGAUUUAUGAAGCGACCAGACAUUAAAACUGAAACGCAAAAGCACUCUUUCCACAUGAUCUCUAGUGUAAUAUCAGGAACCAAAAAAAUUGAUAAUAUUUGCUUUAAUCUUCAGGUCUCUCGACUCACAAUCACCUAUAUCAAAGAAUCGGCUCAAUAUAAACUGGCCUGGUGCCAAUACGCCGGCUCGAAUGACGAGCCCGCCGUUCGCGAGCUGUUCCUCACCAAGAACGACAUAAAUCAGAACGUGUCCUUCAAAUUCGCCUUCAACCAACUGAACUUCCAACGGCUUUUUAUUGAGAACUUCCCGAAGGGAGCGUUGACCGAUCGCUUUGUGCGCUUUUUGUGCCAGCAAUUCGAGAAUUGCCGGAAAUUUGAGCCAAUCCAGCUGAGUCUGAAGAAUGUGGACCUGGGAAAGUUGUCCUCGGACGUGAUGAAGAGCUUGCUGACGGCGUGCGCCGUCAAGCUGGAGGUCCUGGAGUUCUAUGGCAUCGAUAAUGUGGCGCCGGACUUGAUCACGGACGAGCAUGUUUUGCUCCUCGGCAGUAAUAAGGUCCGGAGGUUGAGCAUUCAAUUCAAGGACGAGGAGAACAUGGAGCACGAUGAAAUUCAGCUGACUGACACUAGUCUGGAGACGUUUACGGAGCGAGGGAUCUUCCCGGCGUUCACAAUUAGUCGAUGCAUGGUUACGGUACCGGCAGUUUGUAGUUAUGUUACAGUAAGUUUUUUUGAUUUUUUUUGGGUUUUAGGCAAAUAAGAGGUGGAAAAAUAGAAUCAGGAGUUAAAUUGAGGUUAUAAAUGUCAUUUUGAGACUGUUUGAGAAUUUCCAAAUAAUACGUCAUCAUGACACAUUUUUUGGAAUUUUUUGGAAAUUGGCUCAAAGUUAAUUUUGGACGUCUAGAACAUGUCCUGAGCACCGAAGUUUUGCAUAAAAUUUUAUUAACGAGAUUUUUUUUGAUUUUUUUUUCAAAAAAUUUCAAAAAUUUUGGUACCUUUUCUGAUAAUUUCUGACUAAAAAUCGAAUUUUUCAGGAGUGGCUGAACAAAGUCGCCGAAACAGAAGCCCUCAAAUCCCAUUCGUUGACCCUCAGCGACUGCCCCAACAUGUCCGAAGACGAGUUUGAAGCCGAAUGCCAACGCCACGGCCUCAACAUCCGAAAACAUGUGACCGAGAACACGGCCAAAGCCCCGGUGGAGUCCCAACAGGAAGGCAGUCUCUGCACAUUCACUGUGACCUCCCAUCAUCCUCAACAAACCUUCAACAUCAACUUGUUCACCGCGAAAUCCGAGUGA